AUGUUCAGGUACGUAGUGCUAGUGGCUUGUAACCUUGACACUGCUUGCAAAUGGGUCCAGUCUAAUACAAGUGCUGUACUUGACUACGAUAUAUGGCUUACGAACGGUCGACCAGGCUCCAGAGCUGCCAGUUCUCUUACGCUGCAGUUUUCCUUUGAUGAGCAGGAUACGCUUGAGAUCUACGUGGUCACGUUUGUAACUUAUCUUGUUCUAUUUUGGAUAAUGUCUCAUGGACUGCAACUUAUCAAAGGCAGGGCACCUCCUGAAAGGCUAAGGUUGCUCAAUGUAAUAAUUGUCAUGAAAACAACGGGUAUUGCUUUGCAGUGCUUGAAUGUUUAUGUAUUUUCAUUAGAUGGGCAAGGUUUAUUUUUUGCCCGAGUGCUGGGCGAAAUUCUUAGAGUAGCUGGGAUUGAAGUUUUGUGGUUAUUGUUACUGCUUUUAUCGCGGGGUUGGGAGCUGUACCCAAAAACAGCAGUUUCACUUCGUUCAUGUUUUAUUGCCUGGAGCAUAUUUGCUGCAGUAUACUUCCUGUUAUUUAUUUUCAACUUCAUCUACCUUUUCGAUGUCUUACACGAAAUAGAUGUAUUCUCUUCUUGGCCGGGAUACGGGCAGCUGUUUGUGAGAAUCGUACUGGCUCUCUGGUUCCUGGCGGAGAUUCGGAAGUUGAUAUUGAGGGAGAAAAAUGAGGAGCGUGCAGCAUUUGUGGCUCACAUAGGAGCUGGUUUUCUAGUCUGGUUCGUGUAUCUUCCUGGACUGGGUGUUAUUGCAAUGUUCAUAUCGCAACUGUGGAGGUUCAAGAUAAUUUUGGGUUUGUGCUUUCUGAUACGAAGUUUUGAUAUGCUUUGAAC